AUGUGUAAAAAGUCAUGUAUUGUAUUGAAUAUAAAUAAUUUGAUUGUUUUGUUGUUUUGUUUUUUAUUUUAUUUGCUAUCAAUUGAUUGAUUAAUCAAUUAAUUAAUUAAAUAACAUUUGAUUGUUUAACUGAUUAUAUCAAGUGAUCGACGGAUGUGUUGUUAUUAUUGUCGACAAUGUCUGUAAAAGACUUGGAAAAGUUUGUCCGUCACUUUGUCUUGAAGUGUGUCCAAGUGAUAGUUCAGUCCCGACUUGGAUCCAAUCGCAUCAAAACCGACUCAAACAAGAGAGGCAACGAUUGGUUCAAUUUAGCCAUCAAUGAUAUCAAAGAUAUUAACGAACAGUCGAAGAAGUGUUUGGAGGCCGUCGGAGGUCUCGAAGUGACGCAACAACAACACGAACCGCUAAAUCAGUCGCUGGUUGUCAUUAAAACUGAUUGGAAGAUAUGCUGCGAAAUAUCGAUGAAGACCACUGAAGGCCAGACAAUGACACUCGAGUACUGGUUUGUGGCCAACGAGGCCUACGAGUCGAACAAUGCGACUAAUCUUAAUAAUAAUAACAAUCAGUCGCCGCCAUCGCCAUCAAUGAUGGCCAAUUCACCCACUCUUAUCAUUUACAACAUCUACAAUAAGAUGAGUCUAAUGUUAAAGUCGUUAAUAUCAGUGACCAGAGCGACGCCCGCAUACAAACUUAGCCAAAAGGGUCAGAGCGCCGACUCCUAUGUCAUCUGUUAUCGGGUCUACAAUUGUGACCCAGAUUUCAAUAUCUUAGAGUCCAUGACUAACGAUGAGUUACAACACUAUUCAUCACUGAAACCGUUGGGUUCAAUCAAAAGUGCUUUCAAUGAACUCUCUGUUUCGUUCAUCUAUCGUACAGAUCUGUCGUUUGAUCCAAAAAUAUCCAAUGAAAAUAUUACACCAAACAUAGCAACUGUUCCCAAAAGUCCACAAUUACUUCCCGUUAAGAACGACCACUUCCAGAAAGAAGAGAAACUUAAAACACAUGAAGUGAAAGAUCAGACAAAACCAUUGACGCCAGCGUUCGCUUCCGACACACAGACUGAAAUACUUCCAUCGAUAUUACCUGAGCUAGACUUUGGCAAUCUUUUAUCAUAUGAGAUGCCAAACGAUUCACUCGACAGCAGCCCAAAGAAAAUGUCAUCUAUUGAUAAGUUGUCGCCAAAAAAAUCGGAACCAAUAGUGAUUCCAAAACGAUUAAUCGAUACCAGCGUUAAUACCUGUUCGCCCAACUAUUGUUCAUCGGGUGAUUCAUUUGUUUUUGUCGACUUUAAGCCGCCAUUUGCUCCCAAAGACGACGAAACUCUACCACCAUCCAUACUGUUAGAGCCGCCGCCGCAGAUCACCACAAGUAUUGAUUCGUUAGCUGAUCUCUCAUUACAAUUGGCCGAAAUCGAGUCUAAUGUACAAGAUUUUGAUAAUUUUAUACAAUCUGUUUGUUCGACUGAUAACGACGAUCAGCUCAAAGAUGGUUGAAUGACAUCAAACAAACAAAAUAUUUUAUCAUUUCAUUUAUAAGAUGCUUAUCAGUCAUUUUAAUGCAUAGUUUAUUAUUAUUAUAAGUAAAUCAUUUACUUUUAUUGAUUUUUCAAACAUUGAAGACCAAGAUAAUUAAAGUAAUUAUUAUAAAU